AUGCUGCAUCGUCUGGCAAUCUCGCUUAUCUUUUUCGCGCUCAGCGCCUCUGCAGCUGAAGUAGCGGGUAUGUCUGAUCAGCCACUUGCAUUAAUUGGUUUUCAUGAGGGCGCCAGGCGUGUGGUCGAAUGCAAGAAUGGUUUCCUGACCGGAGUCGAAGUCGGCUAUAUUGAGGACUCUUGGUCAUUUGGGGAGCCUUUCAUUGGAUCGGUGCGUCUUAUCUGCAGCAACAAAACGCUAUCCAUAGAGUACUCGGGUGACACGGCCGAUACCUUUAUUUUUGGGCGAUUGGAGCUCAAGACUCAGCGGAAAGCGGAGUGCGAGGGAAGUCUGGGGGUGGCGGGGUUCAAGUGGCGGGCGGCCACCAUCAAGAACCCCGAGGGCGCGGAGGCGCGGCAGGCGGUGCUGGUGGUGAUGUGCAACCGCCCGGAUAAUGCGCCCUCGGAGGUGGUGAUUUCGCACUCCCCGGAGUCGGGCCGCAACGGCGCAUCUGACAAGCAGUUCAGCUGCAAGCAGACUGCCAAGUACGCGGGGCUGCCGGCGCCCAAGAUCUCCAAGGUGGUUAUGUGGUACAACCGAAAGUCGUUUGCGGGGCUGGAGCCCCUGGAGUGCGCGUGAGGAGGACAACCGGCCGGCCAACCCCUCCCCCCUAGGAAGGGGAGGGAGAGGGGGAGUGAUGUGACGAAUAGCGGGGGCCGUUUUAGGGUUGUUUUUUUGGGGGCCGGGUCGUAGGGUAGAGAGGUAGAAAAGGCGCUGAUGGCUGCUUGUCGUGAUUCAGUUUCAGUAGGUGGAGAUGGGUUCAGGUUGGGAGAGGGGAGGUGUUGGGAGGAGAGGUGUGUGUGUAGGAAGGCGGCGUGGCAAGGACGGGGGUGGACGCACGGUUUUAUUUUGGGGGAAAAGUGAGUCCAGGGAAGGGAGGGAGAAGUGUCGGGCGGACUGCUGCUGAGGUCCCAUGCAUGGGGGCUGAAAAGGGGAAGCUGGGAGUGGGGGUGUGAUUGCUUCAUUCAUUGGCAUUCAAUGACUCCUACCGUAGUGAUUAUCAUAUUACACUGGAGAGGGGGCUAAAGGACGGAGGAGUGAGCCGACUGUUAUGUUGGUGGGGGUUUUGGAGAGAAUGCUUUUGACGCCGCUAUAUUAUUUAUUCCGAUAACUAAGUAGAUGGAUGGAUGGGUCGUGAAAUAGAAAUAAACUGUAUGAGUGCGUGCGUGCGUAUAUAUAUCACUGUUGGGUGUUGGGAAAUGUGACCGAACUAUGUCGUACUGCUGUUGGCGGUAAUGGUAAUGAUUUGGGCUCUUAACCAGUAUGUGGCAUGUGGCGCACCACCCUGCGAGUGCUAGCUUCAUGCGCACAGCGAGGUUUUGUCCGUAUACACGUGGCAUACGUUCUCGUUAGCUCAAGUGGUGCACGCGGUCGAGAACCUGCCGAACGGAAAGCAGGGUUGGCAGGGAAAGGGUGCCUGCGGAAUGCUACACGUCCGCAAGCGGACUCCAACUCCCCCCCAUGCUGACAGAACGGAACGCAGACCGGAGG